AUGGCAGGAGCACCUGCCGUCGAGAGCUCCUUCCCUCUGUGCCAGAUGCCAACAAAGCGAGCAUUUCGAAACGAGCAGAAUCAUGGUGAUUCUUUUCCUUUGGCCGCUCGUGAACGAGAAUACAGCAACACCAGCAGCAACACCAGCAGCAGCAGCGACAGCAACAGCAACAGCAACAACAGCAACAACAACGACGACGACGACGACGAAGACGACGACAACGACGACGACGACGACGAUAACGAUGACGACGGAGAAGAAGAAGAUGACGAAGACGACGAUGAUGGUGAUGAUCACCGCCAUCCUCCUGGUGGUGGUGAUCCUCGGCGCGGCGGUUUGGUCCGCGAUCAUGGCUCCCGGGCCAAUCUUUUCGGAGCAUACGAGCUUGCUGGUUUCUUUGCCGGGUGGGCGGUCAUGCUGGCCGCCUUGUACCAUUUUUGUCGCUGCGUUUACGCCGACUUCCUGGGGAUGGGACCCCAACUUGUGCCUGGCCCACCUGGCCCACCUGGGCCGAAGGGUGAUCCGGGCGAGAAGUGCCCCAACUGCGAUGAUGACAACGUCUUCCCCCUUGUCGCCGUCUCCUCUCCGCCCGUCGAUCUUCCCCCGGUCGCCGACUUCCCCCUCGCCGCCAUCCCCUCCCCGGCCGUCCCCUCCCCGGCCGACGACUCCGACUCUGACUCCUCCCUCCCCCCGCCCAUCCCCCGUCGAUCUCCCAACCGUCCUCCAAGCGGAUCCGUCACCAAUCCGCCAAUUGCCUAG